UCGUGACUUGUCUUGAAUAUUUUGAGGAGCGAUGGAGGACCGGCUUCUGCCCGGCGUUUGUGAAAACAUUUGCUAGUUACACUCCUUUUUAUGGCACUGAUAAUAUUCUACUUCGUUAGAUUUUCAGCGCCAUGUCCGAUGUGUCACCCUAUGGUGAGCGUGUCGAAUUGAGGAACCGACAGGGGUCAUUUUCGGUCAGAAAAAACAGUUGGAAAGAUUUACAGGUCGCCGUGAAACAAACAAAAUCUCUGCAACAAAGUCUGGUAAAUCGAGUGCCUCAUUCAUUUACAUUCUGCGAGAAUAAGCUAUAUUUUCUGGCCGUUCCUUUUGGAAGCCGUGAGAACACAAUCCACUAUGUCGAUCUGCCUGGACAACACAGUUCUGCCAAUGGUGAGAAAGAAAACGAUUUUUCUCCUCUUCCGUGGAAACCUUUACUUGACUCAUUUAAGAUCAGCCGUUCGUUUUCGGGAUAUUCAAGGGAAGAACAGUUACUGCGGGAGAGGAAACGCCUUGGAGCAUUUGGAAUCACCGCUUACGAUUUCGAUGAGACAUGUAGAAGGUUCAUGUUUUCUGCGUCAAGUAGUUUGUAUACUUGCACAGAUUGGCGAGUUGACGAAGAGGAUGAUAAUAGACAACCAAUAAUUCCAGAGGAGUUGCAUUCCCAGACCUCAGAGACAAAGAUGGAUGCUAAAUUAUGUCCAUGUGAUCCCAACUUGGUAGCUUUUAUUCAUCGUAAUGAUGUCUGGGUCAAUAAUAUUGUCACAGAGGAAGAAAGGAGAUUGACAUACACAAAUCAAGGUUCACCAAGUCCAAUGGAGGAGCCUAUAUCAGCUGGUGUGGCUUCAUUUAUUGUUCAAGAGGAGUUUGAUAGAUAUACUGGCUACUGGUGGCAGCCAAAAUUUAGCACUGAUGAAAACCUAACAAGAACUUACAGGAUUUUAUUUGAAGAGGUCGAUGAGAGCUCUGUAGAAAUUCUUCACAUUGUAUCUGGUCCAGACAGUAUGGUGCAAAAUAGUCAUGUAGAUAGCUACAGAUAUCCUAGGGCAGGCUCUGCCAAUGCUAAAUCCAAACUUAAAAUUGUCCAGUUCAGUAUUGAUACAAGUGGCAAGAUCUGUGAUCAUGUGAUUGAAUAUCAGAUGAGAGUUCCACUUUCAGAAGCAUUUCCUUUUAUGGAAUACCUAGUGAGGUGUGGUUGGUUACCAGAUGGUGAAAGUGUGUACGCAGAAAUACUUGAUAGAAGUCAGCAGCACCUUGCUUUGGUUCAAAUCCCUGUAGCAUUCUUUGUUCCUGUUAACCAUCCAGCAAAUCAGUUGUUGACAAUAACGGAAGGCAGCCCUAUGGUUGAAGUGUUAGCAGAGGAGUCAAAUGAUAUAUGGAUAAAUGUUGCUGAGCUCACUCACUUUUUACGCAUGAAUGAUUCAAGAUUGCAGUUCAUCUGGUCUAGUGAAAUAUCAGGGUUCCGUCACCUUUAUUUAGCAACUGCAAACAGUAAUCACACACUUACGCGAGCAAGGGCUGGUAGUUUUAUUUCAGAGUGUUGUAUCCAUUAUCCUCUUGUGACCCAGCGGCAAUUAACAGAUGGGGAUUGGGAAGUCGAUGGUAAAGAGAUUUGGGUGGAUGAAAAUCGCAAACUUAUUUACUUCAUGGGCACCAAAGACACACCCCUGGAACAGCAUCUAUAUGUGGUUUCAUAUGCAGAGUCUUACUUCAUGGAGCCACAGCGCCUAACCCAAAAAGGGUUUUCCCAUGCAGUCUCUCUAAACGAGAGUUUUACUAAAUUUGUCACAGUUUAUUCCUCUAUACAACAAACACAAGCUGUGAUGGUUUAUCAAAUGCAUCAUGAUGAAGUAGAGAUGAACAAUGUCCCCCUCAUCACAGUUGAACCAAUUGCUGAAUUGCUGAGGGCAAAUGUUAUCCCAGAUUACCAGCCACCAGAACUUUUCUCUUAUGAAAGCAAGCAUGGACAUCAGGUGUAUGGAAUGAUGUUCAAACCUCCCUCAAUCCAACCUGGAGUCAAAUAUCCAACUGUUCUUUAUUUGUAUGGAGGACCUCAUGUUCAGCUGGUGACCAAUGCUCACAAGGGUUAUCGCUUUCUCCGACUGCACACCAUAGCAAAACUGGGCUAUGUUGUGGUAGUUAUGGACUGCAGAGGUUCUGCACACAGAGGUCUUCAGUUUGAAGGACAUAUCAAGAGUCGCCUGGGUCAAGUAGAGAUUGAAGAUCAGGUUGAAGGGUUAGAGUAUGUUGCUAAAGCAACUGAAAUCGUCGACUUGUCCAGAAUAGCCAUCCACGGCUGGUCCUAUGGAGGUUACUUGUCCUUGCUGGGCUUGUUACAGCGUCCAGAUGUGUUUAAGGUUGCCAUUGUUGGUGCCCCGGUGACCACAUGGACAGCUUACGACACUGGUUACACGGAGAGAUACAUGAAUACACCUGCAGAAAAUCCCCUUGGAUACAAAAUGAGCUCUGUGCUAAAUUAUGCAAAUCGAUUCCCAGAUGAAGAGAACAGACUGCUUCUUGUACAUGGCUUAAUUGAUGAAAAUGUUCACUUUUACCAUUCAAGCUUGCUUAUAACUGAACUGAUAAAAGCCUGUAAGCCGUAUCAGCUUCUGAUCUAUCCAAAUGAGAGGCAUGGCAUUCGUCAGUCAGUUUCAUCAGAACAUUAUGAGACUAUGCUGCUCUCCUUUUUACAGAAGAAUCUGUAGACAGUGGGUUGUGUAAUUAUAUACUUUGACCCACUCUUAAGCUGUGUGCUGGUCAUUUGUCAGCUGGGAAAUAUCCAGAACUAAAAUAUCAAGAAAAAAUAAAAGAAAAAAGGAAAAAAGAAACAAAAAAUAAGAAAAAAACUACUAGGCCAGUAAAGCUACUUGAACUCUCUGACUUGCAGGAGUGCCCUGAACAUAAAUUCUCCUCUCAAUUUCUAAACAUUUCAAGCAGACAGGUAAUGAGAAUAAUUUAACUAUCAUAAGAGGAUUUGUGAUCAUAAAUUACCAGGUUCUCAGGAUCAGCCAAUAAAGAAGUUUGUGAUUGGUUGUCAGGUAGGAGAAUUAAAGGAACAGGUAGUUUUAAUUUCUAGUUAGAGGAAGUGUUAGCAACAUUGACUCUAUUAGGUAUUACUUUCAAAGUUUAGUCAGGAUAGUAACAUGCCCAUAUUAGCUGUUGUGGGGUCUGUUUAAUACAUGCUUUGCAUUGGCUGGAACACAACAGCCAUCAAAUUGAGAAUUACUAUUAAUGAAGAAUAUAUUUGAAGCCUUGUUGCUUUCAUGUUUGGGUUAAAUAUAAGUGUGGAUUCUGACACAGUUUAUCAGCUUUCAAAUUGUUCUGUUACACUUUGGCUUGGUAGGAAUCAAUUUACAGUAACAUGAAUUUCUGGAGACAAUGAACACUAGCAAGGGAGCAUAGCUUAGAAGUCUUAUCAGGUUCUGCUGUUUAAAUAGGCAUCACAUUUCCUAUUUCAAAUUCUAGUUGUUUCAAGCUAAAAGCAUAAAUUAAUGUAUUAAAACUAUUCAAGGCAUGUUACACAGUGCUGAUUGGAAAGUCAUCUCUUGUAGAUUUACAAAAUAAGCUAACACCCUAAUUUAUCAGCAUAUUUUAGUCUAGCUAAGAACUUCAGUCAUUUUUAAUUUAAAAUUAAUAUAAUUUAAACAGCAUUACCAACCCCACCUACAUGUAUUGGUGUAUCAGGAUGAGCCAGAAUCUGAUAAAUUAUGUUUAAAACCGUCCUCCUGAUUAUUAUGAUUAUAACUAUGGGGAAUGUUACUGGCAAUUAUAUCUGUUGAAAUUUAUUUAAAAUUAACAAUAUAGAGAAAUGCCCUUGAGAUCUUUAACCAACAUAUGUCCCUCCUAAGGAGGUAAGUUAGAAAUUAUUUAUUAACAAACACAACCCUUUAUCUUAUACAACAAACAAAAGAAGUAGCUGAAGCUACCUGCAGUUAUGAUUUACAUUUUCUGAGCAUUUGAGCCAAAUUUUGAAUCAGAGUAGUGGAGAUGAGAGGACAAAAGAUGAUUGAGGGCAGGGAUCAAUGAAGAAAGUAGAUUUUCAUUCUCCUGGUUCAUUUGUCUUUCAAGGUAUGACCCUACUGGUUUGUUCUUUGUGUUCUGGUAUUCUUGUCUUGCAAGUCCAAACAGUAGCUAAUUGAGAUAUGACAGGAAAGAUGAGCACAUUUAGUGCUCACCCACAAAAAAAAUAAAUAAAUAAAAAAUACACACACCUGCCAUGGAGAUGGUAUGUAACCACUAUCUUUAUCUGUUUUAGAAUUUCCUAAUUUCAUGGUUUCUAGACACAAUAGAAAUCUACAAAAUACAGAUGAGCACUCUUCCAAAUUUCACAUCUUUGAAAGAUAUACAUGACAGUGAUGUUUCUGACCAACUGCUCCAUUAACAGUACAAACAUUAGGAAAAAGAAACAUUCAAUGACUACUAAAACAUGUUUUUUUACCAAUUUUAAAUGGUCCUUCAAUCACAACUGUCUGAAAAAAAUGUUUGGUACACCACAAGGGUUUCUCAGUAUGUACCUUAAAUAUGCAUGUGCUCAGUAGGUAAUGGGAGCCCAGAUAGAACAGUUGAUUGUUAGGUGCCAUCUCUUGGACAAGGUUAGGUAUAGAAAGGAAUCAUUUUCAAAUGGCAGUUGCUGGCAAAAAAAUACAUUGCCACUUUAAUAUUCUGAAUUGAUAUUAAUUCACUGGUUAUGAGUUCAUUCAUAUUUCAUCUAAUUACCCUUAGUGUAGCAAACGUCUAAACAUCAAUUGUAAGCAGAAGAUAUUUGAUUUCCUGAUCAUACUUAUGACCUCUGCACCUGAUUGCUACUUUAACCCAUUAACUCCCACUAAGUGAUUAACAUACAACUUCUCCCCUUAAUAUUGAGACAUUUCCUACAAAUAGGUGAUGACGAUACUCAAACUUAUCGGGUAAAACUUGUUAUUUUGAUCUAACACCAAGUUUAAUUUUGCAGCUAAUUAACUAGGAAAUGUGUAGCAGCUAGGGAGAAGAAUUGACAAUUAGAUCUUAGGAUUUCAAGAGUUAAAUAUGGAUGUAGAAGGUGCUUUUAGGAAUGAAAGAACUAUGGAUUUAGUUUUUCAUCUUAUGUUAUGGCUUAGUACAUGCUUUUGUAACUUGUACAUUUAAACACUAUAAACUAUUAAAUAAAAUUUUAUU